AUGAAAAGCUGUCACUUGAGAACACAGCUACCUGUAAAUAACAGGUUUUCAACAAUUUUGGUCCAUGUUUUCUGCAUAUCUAUAUCUGCAAUUUUCGCCUCUGAGUCUCUUUGGGGGACUAUAGACUCCGGCAACCGUGUGGUCAACGGGAAAGACGCCGACUACAGCCAACAUCCGUGGGCUGUGUAUCUGCAGAUUGAUAAGCCAGAUAACACUAAAGGCAGGGUUUCAAUUUGUGGGGGGACAAUCAUCAACGCCAGCAGGGUGAUAACUGCCGCUCACUGUCUGCAAACCAAGGAUCAAAAGAAGCUAGCUACAGGUGGAGAUAUCUUCAUGGGAUUUGCAUACUACAAACACGCAACCAUCAACAACAGCUACAGGGUCGAAUUCUUAGAGAAAAACAUAGAAAUCCAUCCCAACGAAGACAUUGAUGUAGCUGCAAUCCAAUUCACAGAUGAGACUCCAUUCAAGGGGGACAAUGUCAUAAACAUAACGAUACCUAAAGCCGGAGAUUACUCGCUGACAGAACCGGGCAACGAAGUGAUUGUAAUUGGGUGGGGCACAAUGGAGAACGGUGACAACGCCAAGACUCUGCAGGAAGUGAACAUAAACGGUAGGAGGAAUGGCAUCAUGUAG